AACCGAAAUCAUUUUGUCCAAUCAAGACCAUCAGGAGCGGGCACCCGUUCUUUGGUUUUCUUUGCUUCUAAAGAUUCAGAACCAAGAUGGCCUUAUGAUAUCUCCUUCAUUUUGCGCAACUUCAAAUUACUUAAGGUGUUGGAUUUCGAAUGCAUCAAUAUCGUUUCUUUUCCUGUUGAAAUUUCGAUGCUGAUUCAAUUGAGGUAUUUAGCAAUUGGGGGAUAUCUGACAUCUAUUCCGCAAUCGAUAGCCAACCUCAGGAAACUAGAAACUCUUGUUGUGAAGGGAUUGCGUGGUAAGAUCGUCUUGCCAAAUACUAUUUGGCGCAUGACAAGUUUAAGGCAUCUUCAUGUGAGUAUUCAUGUUACUUUGGAUUCGGAUGAUGAAGAAGAGCUUGAAGAUUGCUUCGUGUUAGAAAAUUUGGUCAGCUUUUCCCGCCUAUCUCUUCCUUGUGGUGGGGAUUCAGAAUGGACAAUGAAGAGGCUUCCAAAUCUUCGCAAACUGAGUUGCAUAAUUUUUCAGAGACAGGAUUCUUCUGCUAAUCAUAAUCAAUUUCCAAGUUUGAAUCUUCUCUGUCAUUUGGAGUCACUCAAGAUAUUUUACUAUGGAUAUCAUCUUAACAAUGGCGAGUUCAAUCUCCCAUUGACUCUAAAGCAAUUGACUCUGUCAAACUUUCACCUACCAUGGAGUUGUAUCUCUGCAAUUGGUAGACUGCCAAACCUGGAAGUUCUGAAGUUGCGAUCUGAAGCCUUUGUGGGGAGAACAUGGGACAUGGUGGAAGAAGAGUUCCUGAACCUUAGAUUCUUGAGCUUAGACACUCUGGACAUUGUCCAAUGGAAUGCCUCUUGUGACCACCUCCCUAGACUCGAAACACUUGUCUUACAAAAUUGCAGAGAGCUCCGGAAAAUUCCACCUGAUUUUGCAGACAUAUCUACACUGGAAAUUAUUGAAGUGAAUUGGUGUGGAGUAUUUGUAGAAAUAUCGGCCAGGCAUAUUAGGGAAGCAACAGGAGAUGUUAAAGUCGUUAUAAGGAGUUUAUAUUGGAGACCAUGAUCAGCAUGAUUUGGAUAAAACCUCUUUAUACUUCCUCUGAUCACUUGUCUGUAACUGGCAAGGCUCAAUUGAAACUUGAGAGGCACUGUUCACCACAAGCAAGAACUUUUGGCCAAGCUUUGCCUUACAUUGGAGCUUUCCCAUUUGAUGCUCAGUAUUGUGCUUUUGAUCUUUGGAACGAAUGCGGCAAUGUGACUGAUUUUGAUUACCUGCUUUUUUUCCCCCUGCUUUUUAUCAUACAGUGGGUUGUUUAGAAAGACCAAGCUUGUAGAUGUGUUCUGAGAAUGUUUGUUUGAUGAAAUUGAAUUACAGUUGUCUUUCAUCAUCAAGGACUU